GCCUCUGCCGGGCUUAGACACUAUUUAAAGGGGGUCAAGAUGAGCCACUCGCUCAGGAGUUACGGAGGCAUUUAGAGGAUCAUCUCAAGUACCAAUUGGAUACUGUAUACUUCUUAAGGAUCCAUGAUGAAGUCUCCUAAAAUUAAAUCUAAAAAAAAAUCGCACUUCCUUGAAGAAGACGACGAUCUCAAUGCCGUCUUGUGUGAAUUUGACGCGGUCAUCGAAGACUUUUCAUCCCCCGUAGAAAAGAGACAUUUCAGAUACGACGAGCAUCUGCGAUCCAUGAAAAGGAGAAGCAGCGCCAGUGUCAGCGACAGUGGCAUUAGCGACUCGGAGAGUGCUGAAUCCCUCAACAGGAACAGCUUCAGCUUCAGUGAUGAGAAGCUGAACUCACCAUCCAUGUUCUCCCCCACGUCUGCCUGCCCCCCCAUCAGAACGCAUAAAGCUAAGCUUGGAGAUACUAAAGAAUUAGAAGACUUUAUUGCCGACCUUGACAAAACAUUAGCAAGUAUGUAGUCCGGAACCGAGAGGGAUCGGAGACCACCGAGGAACGCGCAUGAUACAGGCCCGCCGGGUCUCGCCCCCUUAAUCUUGGCGCCCUUUGACGCCAGUGGGGGGGCACUUACUGUGACAAAGUGGCAGUGAAACUUAACACUUCAGAGUGACAUGUCAUUAGUCCCAACGUCACACGCGUCACCACCGGUGCGAGUCCCCGUGUUUUUCUCAAGUGCGGUGAAAAUAUUUAAAAGGCUUUUAUAGAAAUUUAUUUGCAAUUUUAAAGAGCAAGAUAUUGUACAUUUAUUGGUACUACUUUUUUUGUGAAAUAUAUUUUUAUAUUUUGUGUAAAUAUAGAUUCAGACUGUAUUGCAUUGGUAUAGAAAGCUAGUCUUUUGUUUUCAUUUAAUUUCAUGUACUUCUAAUAACUGUGAACUAUUGUCUUCAUUAGUUAGUAAAACUACCAUGUAAUAAUCACAUAUUUUUAUAAAACAAUCUCCAUGGCAAAUGGAAAAUUGUAAUACUAAAUUAUUCCUGCCUCCUAUAUUUAAGUUGGCAUUUUUACAUGCCACAAAUACUGUUUUUGCCUUACUUUUUAGGAAUUCAUAAAUCUUCAAAUGCGUGCAUUGUGGACGUACAUUUUGAAAUUUGCCCUGUCAGUACAGGAUACGUGCAAAUCAAUGGCAGAAAUGAGAUUAUCAAUUAUGUGAGAUAAUGUUUUUUUUUAUUAUUGUAUUUAUGAAGAUCCAUGAAAACCAGACUGACAUCUCUAACUAUCUGUGUUGUGUUAAUAAAAUUAUUGGAAAUGUA